AUGGGCCCAUCCACCUCCUCGGUCGCCGAUGCGGAUCUGACGCAUGUGUCCUCCCUGGAUCCAGUGUCAUCAGAGGUGCGUGUGAGGACAGGUCACGGCAGCACCCUUGGAAGGUCGCAGGCAACCCCUUGGGCAAGACGUAUGCCACACCAGGCCGAGUGCCUGACGCUGGCGGUGAGGAAGCAGAGCAAGGGCGUCGGUGGCUACCUCGUGAGCACCCGGUGGCAGAAGAACUUCUGGCUCCUCGCUUGA